GACGACACGUGCGCACUGACACUCAGCAAGACAAGAUGGCGGACACCGGGGCAGUAAUAAGCUUGAAGAAACUCAAGGUAGCUGAGUUAAAGAAAGAGCUUGCAGAUCGUGGUCUUCCAACCAAGGGCAACAAAAGUGAUUUACAAGCAAGAUUAGAAAAGUGUCUCUCAGAACAAGGGAUUGUUUAUCAAGAUGAAACCGAAGAGAUUGCUGAUGACCAUGAGUUAGACAAUGAUGCUGAUGACUUGGAUGAUGACGACGUCACAGAGGAUGUGCCAGAGCAUUUUGAUGAUGACUUGGACAUAGAAACAAAAGAAAAAGAAAUCAACCAGGAUUUGACGGCAGAAAAAGAUGAAAAACAACCACUAGUUAGUCCUGUUAAAAGGGUGCCCAUUACACCCCCAGGAAAAACUCCCAGUCAAGGUACCCUGACCGAUGAACAGAAAAAGGCUCAAAGAUUGGAAAGAUUUGGCCAAUCUCCCCCAGUGACAGAUACUGACAAGAAACAAGCUAGAGCACAAAGAUUUGGUUUAUCAAGUCCAGCCAGUAAUGGAACAGCAAAGAACUCACCAAUCAUUGGACCAAAGGAUGUGGAUGUUGAGAAGCUUAAGAAAAGAGCUGAAAGAUUUGGUGCAGUUUCCCCUUCGAUUGCUAAGCUUGAAGAGAAAGACAAGUUACUGAAAAGAAAACAGCGCUUUGGUGUUGCUGUAACAGCAUCACCUGGAGAUAUGUCAGAAGCUAAAAAGAAAAGAGCUGAAAGGUUUGGGCUCUGAGGCAAUUCUCAAAUGGUUGCCAGUCUCACAGAACUAGUUAGUACUGCAAGAAGCUGCCCGAUGUUGUGUCCCAAGCAUGUCUUUAACACCCAGUGGGUUAAUUCACUGCUUUUGUAUCGAAAGCAGUAAUUCAUACAAAAGAAAGACCAGAGGGGACCUUUAUAAUUUAUACUUUAAUGUACAAGUGUACAGUGAGCACUAAUAAUAAUGGGGAGAAUCAUAAAGCCUUGUGUUUACCAAUGUCACAUGGAAGUCGUGUGAAGUGCUCGAACAAGCUAAUGUUUGAUGUACUUUCUUGACUGUGGUGAUGCAUUUUCCAUGGAGAUGGCUGCUCCAUAUAGCUGCAUGGUGGCUUACAUGUGUAUCUUGUUAUGAAUGGCAACAGUAGAGCCUGUGUACCCAUGAAUGGCUGUUAAAUUGUAUCAGAAUUUGAGGUAAUAUGUUAAUGAUGAUUAUUUUUUACAUUAAUCCAAUGCUUUAUUGAAAUCAUUUUGGUAUCAGUGAUUAUUCUUAUUAGUCAGUCAAAGCACUAACAAUCCACAUAGAAAGUAUUAUGCAUCUCCGUGUGGUAAUUCUGAAUUAACCAAAGCAGAGGGAAAACCAACAUUUCGAUGGUUAAGAACAUGUAUCUCAGAUUUCAGUCACAAACUGUUCAGUCAGAAAUUUAGGCAGAUUGGAACCUAAGCUGUAACUUGCUUGUUUUUAGUUUAGCUCAUUUCUGAUCUUACUUUUUACAUGUAGUUCUGUCACUUUGCUCAUAUUCUCGUGUCUCCUUGAAAGACCUUAAUUCACAUUGGGGGUGUUUUCCGAUUGACUUUUCUUCCUGGCAGUCACCCCUACAUAACAAGCACCUGGGUGUGAUCCUGGCAAGAGAGAAAAUAGUGAUGCCAAUUUUUAACUCCUUGGAAGUAGACUACCCUUAAAUAUGAUUGCUACUUCAGACACUUUUCUGGCAAAAGUAGCUUCCUCUUGCUUAAAUGUAAACAGUAUCAAUAGAGUUCUGAUCUGUUGCUUCUCAAUGUCUCUCCUGUAUUCUUUUGAUGCACAAGUCUGAUUUUACCAAAAUGCAGUUUACAUUCUUCUUCACUGUGUUUUCCCAUACAUCUAUUUAACUAGGCUGACAACACCAAAAGUGGUUUUGCAAAGAAAUUUUACAUGCAUGGAGUUUUGUAACCAGCUUCUGACUUACACUGACUUACUAAUACACUUACCCACUAAAGGAAUGUUGCAUGUUUAACUUUUCUUUGGACAAUUGCUUUAAAGCUCGUUUAUCAGUAUGACAGAUCAAUAUCACUGCUUGAAUUGCUACGUUUCAGAUGAUUGUCAAAUCCUGAGCACUACUUUGUACAGUUGAGAUCAGUUGAAUAGCAUGCAUCUGAGGAGGUCACCCACCUUAAACCAGAUUGGAUUACAAUAAUUAUAAUAGAUGCUAGUUACUUUGUGAGCAAUAUUAGGGUUACUGUUUAAUGCUUCAGUUUCAAAGAGAGACCUGCAUGACUGUUUUCCAAGCAGAAGAAUAGAAAAUUGUCAUCUAGGGGAAUAUUGUUUUGAUGUACUUCCAACUUCUCAAAACUAACCUCGAGAGAAUAAUUCUGUACUGCAUAAAACAUGGUGAUUGGAUCACUGUUCUUAUGUAGCUAGCAAGGCAGUGAUACUACUGGUACCAAAUUCUUGAAGGGCACAGUUAGAUUCAUGAAGCUCAAUCACUGCCUGGGAAUCCCAAGAUAAUGUUUGACUUCUCGAGCAAUAAACAAAUGAUUGGCCUUAUUAAGAAGCUAGAAUAGCUAACGAGGAUGGCAAUGGAUUUCAACAUAGAGAAACUUAAAAAACGCAGAAGUUGAAUAGUACUGUACGUAGAUGAUUUACUGCACAAGGCAGAUGUUUCUUUUCACGACGUCUGAAAAAGAAGGCUACAUACUUACAUUAUUCAAGUAAACAUAUCAUGCUAAACGUUUGGACAUGCUUCGACAGGUUGUAUGUCUGUUUGGUAGCUGUAGUUUGAAAGGUUUUUAAAGGAGUGUUCUAGGUAAUAUCUUCCCAAGGCAAUAUAUAAGCCAGAUGUUUUCCUUUUAGUUGUUGAGCCAGUCUUGUAAAACUGGUGGAAUUUUUCACUUUGCAGUCGUGUCCUAUGUGAAACAUUGAGGAUAUUUUAGUCCCCCAUAAACAGAUCAUUACCUCCAGAGAUGCUGUCGACAAUUCACUUUAUUUUACCAUUUCUGAGGUUUAGGUUUAUAACAUUAACGUUACGUAAUUAGAUAUCCACAUUGUAUUUCUACGUUCACCUUCACUCUACGUGCAUUGUCAUGCGACACUUUAGAGGAGAGGGAGUAAGGGCGACUCUAGAUUGUGUUAGAUAGCUUGAAUUUUUCAAUUGUAUUUACGAUUUCUAUGGAAUAAUAAAAAAAAAUACUUUCCCAGUC